UUGCGCUUUGUUCAGCUUCACUACUCCAGCAGCUUUUUCCUUACUUUCAUACAUAUUUGACGCUGCAAUUGCGAGCUCGUUCACCACUACUCCGCACCACACUACCAUAUACUACCCGGCAACAAGAUAUACACAAUGAGCAAUCCCCCAUCGAUACCUCCCCGCCCGGCUCGGGCUCAGAACAGCUCUGCACCCGCGCCAGCAAGCUCCCUCGAUCUCCCCAAGGUCCCUCCCCGCCCAAAGGGCCGCAUCGAGCGCUCCCAGUCUCCGCACAGAUUCGACCGCUCGCCGCUCAAUGACCCAACAUACGCACAUGGCGGUCCUCCUAAGGACAACCGCCGCCUGAGCACUGAGGUGCCCUCUCGCCCACCGAGCGUCUCGCUUCCCUCGAUUGGCCAGGAGGGUAGCGAAUAUGCCAGCUUUGAAGACCUCUCGAAGACCCUCACUAACGAGAGCCGCGGAUCUGUUCAGCAGUCAUCCAUAGCUACCGACCUGCCUCUGCACGCUCCUACGGCCUCGGUACCGGGCUCGACGGCGAAGCGUAACAUCCAAGCUGUAACACACACUGAUUCGAAUCAGGCAGCCGCAGCGGGCUUUGGCAAGCUGGCACCGGAAGACAAUGCUGGACAGGGCACGAAGACUGAUCGUUCUGGUAGUUCCAUCGGCUCGCGACCUGCCUCGCUUUACAACGACAAGGAGCACCAAGGUAUCCCGGAGAUCGGUGUCCAGGUACCUAUGUUCCGCAAUGCUGGAGAUGUACAGGCGCCUACGCCCAACCCGUACGAGCAGCAGGGCGGAUCCACUGGCGUUGGCUUCCACAACAAACCCGGUGGCCGCCACCAUGGACGUACAAAGAGUGGCCGCGAGAUCUUCCACGGUCCUCCUGGCAGCUAUGGUAUGCACGGACACGGAAAGAUCUCCAACGACGACUUCGAGAAGAAGUGGUACGAGAAGCAUCCAGACGAUCUGAAGCGCGAGAAGGCCGGAGAGUAUGGACCGCACAUCCAGGAGAACAGGAAAGAUUAUCACUGGCGCGCCGAUGAUCUCAACAAGGUGGUCCACGGAGCUCCUAAGGAUAUUGGGUUCGGCACUUCGCGCGAAGCUGUCGGUACACCGGACGAGCAGAUUGGAUACAGGGCCACCGAAGAAUAUGCAUCGAGAAUGGCAUCGCCUAGACCCUCAUCCUCCGCAAGCCGUCCCACUAGCAAGGCCGCCAAUCAAGAAUCGUCAUUGCGUCAUGAGGCUUCGGCGGAACAGCUGGACGACAACGGCGAUGUGAUUCACAUCGACCCCCCUGCUCGCCGGAGCAGCAAGGUUCACGGCGGAGGAUACGACCCACCAACAGAGGAUCUUGGUCCUCAGGGCGGAAACACAGACGAGAAGGGCGGCUGGGUCACCGAGCAUGGAUAUGGCAUUCCAAUUCUUGCGUCCGAUGAGGUGCAGAAGCAUCCCGAUGCUGAGUGGAGGCAGCCUGCAGUAUCACCCGAGAUGGAACGUCGUCACGACGGCGAAUACACAGUCAAUGAGGAUGGUACCCCAGCAUACCUGACGAAGCAGCGCACGCACAGCAGGAGCUCAAGCCGAAACAACAGUCUCCAGCAACACCGCGCUAUCCCCAGCCCUGCGCACUUUGGAGACAGGAGCGGUACCCCUCUCGAGUCGCACAAGGAAUACGAGCCUCUGUUCCCAGAGGACGAGGAAGAUAGCAAGAAGCCCAGGACCCUCGCCAGCAAGGUCAAGCGACCUAACCUUGCUCGCCACCAGUUCCCCAGCCAAGAUGUUUGGGAGGACACACCCGGCAGUCUGCAGUUAGAGACCACUGUCGAUACCCCGCAAGCCGAUGAGGAGCCAGAAACUCCAGCAGGUGCGGAGGUCAGUGCCGCCAAGGUUUUCGAGCUACCGGAGACUGAGGAGAAGCGCAAGGAUAACAUCACUAAGGAAGAUCAGCAAAGCUUCCUGUCCGAGCACACCAAGCAGUUCGCUGUCGAGAACAAGCAUCUGCGCGGAGUGCGCCCUACCGCACAGAGGUUCCCCAGUCAAGACGUUUGGGAAGAUGCGCCUGAACAUGGUCAUCUCGAGACGACUGUGAGCGGUCCGCAAACCCCAGACACCAACGAGUAUGCCCCUGAUUCACAGAUUGUCGAGAGGCCCAUUGUUCCAGCUCGCCCAACUGUACCCGCGCGCCCGCAGAAGGCACAGCAGGAGAGCUCGCCAAUCGACAAGAAGGCUCCUAUUAUCCCCGACCGUCCUAAGCCUCAGGUUCCAACGCGCCCCAGCAAGCCAUCGCAGUCCUCGUCGGAGAAGGUCCCGACUGCAGAGCGAGCUGUUGAGAACGAUGCUCCUCAGCCAAAAGCUAAGCCUCCAGUUCCUGCCCGCCCGGCUGGUUCUAAGAUCGCCGCACUUCAAGCCGGUUUCUUGCAGGAUCUGAACAGCAAGCUGGGUCUUGGACCUCAAGCACCAAAGGUCAAGGAGCCAGAGGAGGAGAAAGAAGCCGAGUCUACUCAGCCUUUAUCGGACGCUCGCAAGGGCAGGGCUAAGGGUCCUCAGAGGCGUAAACCCGCUGCUUCGCCGACUCCUGCGGCGACUGUCACUGCUGAGGUUGCAGUGCCAAGGGUGAAGCUGGAAAUUGCGCCAGUCACCGCUAUCUGGAGCUUUGGCGAGGAUGGCACUAUGGACGUGCCCGCUGCGAGGGUAGCUGCUCAGAUUCGGCACACCUUAGAUUCUCAUAAGCCAGCGGUAACUGAGCCUGAGGUCGAGAAAGAAGCCGAGGUCCCUGGAGGCCCUGAGACUGAAGACAUUUCUGAGGUUACCGACGCCCCCAAGGUUACCGAAACCCCUGUCGUCGAUACCCUCAAGUCUGUUGUUGCGCCUAUGGUUGACGCUGCAAAGUCUGUUGCACCCACAGAAGCGAGCUCGCCAUCUGAUGAGCCAGCUAAGGACGGGCCCAGCUUACUCACCAAGAUCACCGACGCUCUUCCGUCGCUGAAGUCGCAGGAAGAGUCAGUCAAGACUGCACCUGGAUCGUCUGAGGCACCUGGUGCCUUCCCUGUACUUGAUGAGCAGGGUGAGGCGGAACUAGAGACCAAGACUAGCAAACCGCACGAGAUAGAGGCUUUGCCUUCAACCAAGAUGGAGUCUUCACCUUCGACUCAGUCGCAAGGAGCUACUGAAGCUGCACCCACUGCUAUGAGGGAGUCCAUGGCUGAUGCGUAGGGUGUUCUCCGCUACUGGAAACGGAGCGACGGGCUUGAUGGAAGGUAGAGGAUCUCGUGAUGGUCAUUCAUGUUUAUGUAUGUGCAAUAAAACCAUUCCUAUUCAGCUAGUAAUAUGCAAUAUUCGAAUCCAC